AGGCGGGUGAGACCUCGUGCCCUUCGCCGAGGCAGGCACCGGCAACACCAUCAGCAGAGCCCCGGCCGCCCGCCCGGCCUGUGGCAUCUAAGAAGGAGAAACCCCUGGAAGAUGAUGAGCCUGGAAAAGUCCUGACAAAGGCCCCCCGGGCCGAGCCCAAAGGCGCUCCCGUAGCUGUGACAUGCCAGCCCCAGGUACAAGCAGCCCCACAGCCCCCCAGCACCCGCCUGCUGCAGAACGGCGCCGGGCGGGGGCCGGAUCCAGGCGGUGCCAACGGGGAGACCGGGAACGGGAUCUUCCGUCCCCUGCCCAGCAGCCAGAAGCCUCACCGAAAGCUGCAGUCGCACCACUCCAUCAACAGCCAGAGCAGCAAGAAGAGUAAGGGCAGCUCCAAGUCUGCCUCUUCUCACAUCCCUAUUGAGGCACAAGAAGACUGCUGCGUCCUCUCCUGCCUCUUCUGCGAGUGCCUGACCCUCUGCAACAUCGUGCUGGACUGUGCCACGUGCGGCUCCUGCACCUCCGAGGAUUCCUGCAUCUGCUGCUGCUGCUGCAACUCGGGCGAGUGCGCGGACUGCGACCUGCCCUGCGACAUGGACUGCGGCAUCAUCGACGCCUGCUGCGAGUCGGCCGACUGCCUGGAGAUCUGCAUGGAGUGCUGCGGGCUCUGCUUCUCCUCCUGA